AUGUCAAAAGUACUAAGAAAACAGAGACUUAUGAGGGCUCACAACAGGCCCAACAAAAUGUACAAAAAAGGUGCAACCAAGUUCCCCAAGCAGAAGGAAGAGGUCCGCGAGGGAGUGGUAGAAGAAAUAGUCCACGAGAGGGGUAGAAAUGCGCCCCUGGCUAUGGUUACCAUGAUUAACGAGGACAAAUCGCUCAAGAAAGAGAAGGUCGUUUUGGUUGCGCUCGAGGGAAUGUACACGGGAAAGACCAUUUACUUUGGAGACAAGACGCCGCUGGACCUGGGAAACACCAUGAAGCUGAAGAACAUACCAGACGGUACUGUGGUGUGCUCUGUUGAGAGAAUCGCUAACGACGGCGGAAGUAUAGCAAAGACCAGUGGAUCGUACGCAACUGUGGUGGGAUACAACCCAGACAAAAACGAGAGCCGAAUCAAGCUGCCCUCGGGUGUCAAGAAGGCUGUAAGCGGAGAGUGCAGGGCUAUGAUUGGCGUGAUCGCCUCUGGUGGUGUGCACGAGAAGCCUCUGCUUAAGGCCGGAAACGCAUACUACAAACAGAAGGCUAGAGGCAAGCUAGGAGCAUGGCCUAGAGUAAGAGGUGUGGCCAUGAACCCAGUAGAUCACUUGCACGGUGGAGGUAACCACCAGCACAUUGGUAAGUCGUCUUGUGUCAGCAGAAACGCUCCUUCAGGACAGAAGGUGGGACAGAUUGCUGCCAAGAGAACUGGUACAGGAAGAGCAAAGACAAAGAGAUUCGAAUAA